AUGGCAACUGGAAAUACUCCAGCUGUCUCUUACUUGAUGAACCUUAUGCAUCACAAUGCACAAUACAGCUGCCACCACUGUUUUGCCUGUGAUAAAAGUAUUGCCAAGACCAUGUGCUUCCUGAAGAGCAAGGGUUUUGCCCCCAUAAGGGACGUAGGGAGCAUUUGCAGAGCCAAAGGAAGCAUAAAGUUACUCACAUUUAUCAGUUCUGCUUUCUUUGGUCAGGAUGAGAUACACCUUCUGGGUCACAGAACAGGGCACCAGCUCUAUCAAGCCCUUGGUGAUAAAUUCUGCCCUGGGACUGCAGGCCCGGGCAGAAAAUCCCAUAGCAUGCACCUGCAAAAACGUCUGCAACGACUUGAGUACCCCUUUGCCCUGAAUGUCAGUCUAGACGACAUCAAAAAAGCAGUCAGCACAUCCAGAGCGGAUAUACUGAUGGCGUUUACCAUCAUCAACCACCUCUGCUUUACCAGUGCAAAGCAGGCUGUGAGAGAUCUGGUACUAGCGGCAAUUGGCCACUGGCACUCCUUCCUGAGGUGCAAGAUUUUGGAUGGUAAGCUGAAAUCCAAUAUAUUUGUGAUGAACCAGCACAUGCUGGUUCAACUUGGUUUCAUAUUGUGGGAAAUGGGCCCUUUGUGGGCUUACAGCUGCCGUCUGAUAGAACGCACAAUCAGUACCUAUACAUCUGCAAUCAAGUCCAGUAAGGAGCCCGGAAAAAACAUGGAAAAUGUUCUUUUCUGGAUGGCAGCUAUCAGCCACUGCUGUGGCAACCGUCCAGUCAGGACUAGACCAGCUGACAGAAGGACCAGCAACUUCGAGGUUGCAAGUGAUGAUGUUGCUGGUCCUCAGCUGUGGUCCAGAGAAGGAGUUUCCUCCUUUGAGGAACAAGACGAGGUGAUUUGCACCACAAAGAUGUGGAAAGACUUGGUGGUUUACAGAGUCCAGUCCUCCUUUGAUAGUAGACAUGUUCGAGCUAAUAAUCUUAUUGUGCUUGAACAUAUUUAUGGAUUUGUCUGCAAAUUCUUUUCCCACACUGUCAAAGGAGUGACCAGGCUCUUUGCAGCCACCGAGAGUCUUUUUGACAUCAGGCCCUUGCCGGGCAUGCUCUUCCCUGUGUCAAGCAACCGCUCACAGGGUGAGAUGUGUAUAGUGGACGUGAAGUCCAUCAAGGGGAUGGCUGACCUCGUUCACGAUACUAAGGAUGGGGCCAUUAGGCAUAUUUUCUGA